CGCCGAAUGGGGAAGUGUCGCCGAUCCCCGUAUUAUUACUACUUUUUUCGAAGUUCUCUGUUCAGGUUUUGUUUUAAAGUUUCACAAGGAAGUUUUAUGUGUCCAGUCUUUUAUCCUGUCGAACUUAAAGGUUAAGAGACUGAAGUCGACGGUGUAGUUCAUUCAGUUUAUACGUUGAUUGUGUUUUUUUGUUAUUGUUGAGUUUUUUUGUUUGGUGCAUCGUGCCGGUCCGGAGACCGACGGUUCCGACGAGGCACCAAGCCUGGACGCGGGGCGAUAAACACCAAAGGACAGAGCCUUUAGGGCGUGUAGUUGUGGUGGUCGGUGCGAGCGGUUCCCGCUCCAACCGUCAAGCUGGCAGCGAGCGCGUUGAGCAUGAACCCGCAUUACCACGGGUACGCGGAGCUGAGCUCACCACACCCGCCCUCUCCGGAGGCGGCAUUUGCCGCCAACGGGCACGACUACCCCCACAACAACAACAACCCGGCACUCAAAGAAUGCGCGGGCUGCGGCGGCAAGAUCGUCGAGAGGUUCCUUCUACACGCACUAGACAGAUAUUGGCAUCACGGAUGCUUAAAAUGUGCAUGUUGCGGACAAGCACUUGCAGAUAUGGGGCGCUCUUUUUAUUUCAAAAGCGGGAUGAUACUAUGCAAAAACGACUAUACGAGAAUGUUCGGCACAGGCGGCGCGUGCGCAGCGUGUGGGCAAGCGAUACCUGCGAGCGAGUUCGUAAUGCGAACCAAUGCACCACAGCAACCACUAAACGUCUUCCACAUAAAGUGUUUCGCCUGCUCCAAAUGUGGAUCGAACCUUAUGCCGGGCGAUAGGUAUUAUAUGCUCACGGGGUCACUAGUAUGUGAACAGGACUGGCAGAAGCUAAUGAAGAGUGCAAAUGCGUCAACGGGCCCUGUGGCGCCAGUACGCAAGGGCAAAGUAGGACGUCCGCGCCGUUCACGAGAAUGAGCGCCGGCAACCUCUGCGCCUGCGCAACCACACUCUCACAGAGACUACGAGGAGAUGAUGGCGUGCUCGUACCUCAGUGCGACAGGAAUGAAACCUGAACCUUCGAGUGCUGCUUGCUGGACCCCUCCAACGAUGGCUGGCUGCUCGUCUUCUCCGCUUGACGGGCCUUCAAUGUCGCAGUACUAUAUGCGAACUCAAAUGGGUGUUCAGAGCUUUCACCAGCCAUGUGCAAGUGGGUUAUCGCACGAACCAGCGCUGGACCUAUCGACCGCCACAUCUCUGAAGCCUCGACAUCCGUCUCCCGGUAGUGACGCAGAGGCAGAGUGAAGUGUUGCGCCCCAGACUGUUGAACUAAGCUGUAGCAAAAUUAUUACUACUAAUUCAUAAUAAAAAUAGGUCAGUAAUAAUUUUUCUGGAGUCGUUGAACUGUUAAGUUAUAUACUUUAGUACCUACUACAUAUUUAAUUUCGGUUGUGAAAAUGGCAAUUUAUGUAAAAAACUUUACUCGCUAUAUCCAAUUAACUGAUACUUAAAAGGUUGGACUGUAAAAAUGUUGUUGAUAUAACAAAAGUGAUAAUAAGAUGUAGAUACGUGUGGGAAAGUGACGAAGGCAUAUCGAAAACAAAAUGAGAUUAUAGUAGCAACGCUACGUAAUUGUGAAAUGAGUUGCCAGAAAACUUCUAUAAAAUCAACAUAUUUUCGUGUUACUGAAUAUUAGCAUCUUGCCUAUUUAAUAAAUUUAAAAUGGUGGGACUAUUUGUUACACAUAAAUUCAUAAUUAUGGGCAGCGUAUGCAUGCAGAGAUGUAUCUUUUGGGAUAUUUUCAACAAUAAUAAAUUGUUAUUCAGUUUUACCUCAAAAACAAUGCCUGUUCAUAAUAUAUUCUACGUGCAAAUGUUGCCUGAAUUCUUAAUUUAUGAUGUUAUUAGAAUAUAAUUUAUUUUUCCUUUCUUAAGGCAAGUUCUGAGCACAAGCAUUCGAUUUAACAUUUUAGAUUCGAUAUAGGGUACAUAUCUAGUUAAUAUAACCUCACUCUUUGUGAUAUCAACCCAAGGGAUGGUGCUCAUAAUCUAUUUCUCUGCGAUAACCAUGUCCGGUACUUCACAAACAAGUACUCUAUAUAUAACUUACUGAUUAAACAAGAACAAAUGCUAGUGACUCUUGUCCGAUUCUCUAAUAUAUGUUAAUAAUUAAUUAAUAAAAUAAUUUAUUUGUUGCGCUGGACCUCAACUGUCAAAAUAUAUUUUACACUUUUUUGUUGUAUCUUCAACACAGAAUACGCCUUCGAAUUCUAUUAAUUAUAAGAACAAUGCAGAUACCAAUUUUACAUAUCUGUAUAUUUACAUGCGGAUAUAGAUAUAUUGCUUCUUGCCAGUGAGUGUACCAUUAUAUAAAUAAUUAAUUAAAAACCUUGUUUAAAACAUCAGCUGUGUUUCUUGCGCACUCAUCUCUGUGAUUUGCAAUAUUGCUAUGUAAAUAUUUUUCUCGAAUAAAUUUGUUAUUUCGUGUAUAAAAAACGAGCUGUUAUUAGUUUUAAUAGCCCGUUAUUAUUAUUCGUUUUAAAUGUACAUAUUAGUGUAAACAUUUAGAUCUAAGUAGACACAUCUUGUACCUAAAAUUUGGAUGCAAAACUUCGUAGCAAUAAUUUUGAUGCCAACUUCCCAUAAAAAAUAACAAGUACUUAACUCAAUGGUCUCUGUACAUAUUGAACUAUACUUUACCAUCUUUUAAAAUUGUUAAAAUCAAUUUAAAAAUGUAUACAAUAAUAUAAGUAAUCUCAAACGCUAACAUUCCUUUUUGUAUAUAAAUUCUAUUUACAUUAUAUAAAUCGUAAAGUAUUAAAUACAUAUAUUCCGUUACUAUACCUCCUGAGAUAUAAAUUAUUUGUUUAUUGAUUGUCGAUGUGUUACAAACAUGCUCUUACAUGAUAAUUAAAUAAUAAAUGAAUACAGAGAUAUUUCACUAUGAAGUUGAUCGUUCUAAACCGCCUAAACCCGUUGUAAGGGAGCCUGAUUCAUUUCUUGUUUAUUUUUCAUAAUCAUAAACUAACCAUUAAAUAAAUAUGUUCACCAGAUAAUAUAUUACAAACUACAUUUAUUUUCAUUUUAAAUUAAAUUACGCAUUUAGAAUAUAUUUAAGUUAACCAAAAAAUUAUACAAAAGAUCUACCUCAGAAGAAAG